UAGCUGUCCUGUUCCGCCACUAUGCAUUACCUGAUAGAAUGGAGGAAGCACGGCACUCCGUUAUUCCUUUUUUUGGCUAACUGGAUGCUUCCUUUGUCACCCUGCGUACGUUGGAUUGCCUGCCGUUUCUUCAAGUACCCUCGCUAUUGUCAUACUGCUCUCGGGCGAAAACAACAACAAAAAAUGCGAGCACGCCGAAUGCCUGGUCUAUCCUUGAUUUAUAUGGAAAGCGACAAGGAAUGGUCGAAAAUUCUCUUUGGACAAAAGAGCAAAUUACCUGAGCAAUAUUCGGGCGCUCAGUGAAUGAUCAUUAUUCUCUCCAAUGGAAACCGCUAUUAUAUGCAUUUUCCGGAAACUAUUUCAAAUACUUAGUGACUGCUGGAAAAAUAAUAAAGACGAUGCAGAAUUUAUUUUAUUUUUUAAAUCAAGAUUUUCUGGACGAAGUUUGUAAAAUUUGUCAUUAGCUGUUUCCUUAUCCGGGAAUCGGGCCCAGCCCAGCCAUUGGCUCUCACAGUCACAUGGGUGACUAACUUUAUUCAGUUGACAGCAAGUAGGAGGGCUUUAUGGAACGGGAAAAAAGACAACUCGAGAAAAAUUAGUAUUUUCCACCUUCAGAAAUUAAUGACCAUGAGUUCGUAUUUGAUGAACUCUAAAUAUGUGGAUCCCAAAUUUCCUCCUUGCGAGGAAUACUCGCAAAAUAACUACAUACCUGACCACUGCUCAGAGUAUUACAGCCAGCCGCAGGACACUGAUUUUCAGCACCAAGGAGUCUAUCCACGGUCAAACUACAGCGGCCAGUCGUACAGCUGCAGCAACGCUCGGGGCUCUCCAGUGCAGCAGAGGGGUCAUGUGCAGGCACAGCCCGCUCCUCAGAACCACCUCACAGGACAGGGGGAGCCCGUUGCACCGCUCCAAGUGUCCAUAGCCCGGCCUUGCAGCCAGCAGCAACACAAUACAAAGAAUCAAAACGGCACAGCAACCAAACAGCCAGCAGUGGUUUAUCCUUGGAUGAAGAAAAUCCACGUUAACACGGUGAAUCCUAGUUACACUGGAGGGGAACCAAAACGUUCACGAACUGCCUAUACAAGGCAGCAGGUUUUAGAACUGGAAAAGGAAUUCCAUUUUAACAGGUAUCUGACAAGACGACGUCGUAUUGAAAUAGCCCACACUUUAUGUCUUUCCGAACGCCAGAUCAAAAUUUGGUUUCAGAACCGAAGGAUGAAGUGGAAAAAAGAUCACAAAUUGCCAAACACUAAGACCAGAUCGUCUAGUUCUUCUUCUGCUUCCAGUCAACAGUCACAAACUGUUUCCAAGGACCAACAAACAGACCUCACAAGUUUAUAGAGAAACGUCUUAUAAGUGGUUCUUUAAGUGUAAAUAAUGAGACAUUUCCAGGCAGAAAUUGCAUGUACCGAUAACAUGGCUUGUAGGUGCUUUCCUGUUGCUUUUUACGGCAUUGAAGCGACCUUAUCUUAUACAGUCACCUUGUUCUUAAAUUUAGGAAAUGAAACAAAAAGGGUAAAGUUAUCUUAGCUCCAAUAGAAACGAUUGCGACUCUAGUAAGUGGCUGUUCUUACAAUACAACACACCUUAGUAACCUUAAUAAGUGCAAGGUACUAAGACAUGAAGACAUGGUGAGGUAUAUGGUUCAGGAAGGUACAUGUAUAGUCUGCUAGCAUGAAAUCGAAAGGCUGCGACGCUUGUUCAUGGUCUUUUUUAUUUUAUAAUGAAGGCUCAGCGAUUUGUUGUGGUAAUUUCUUAUUUCCACGGCUAUUUUGCUCGUAAUGUGUAUUUUUGCGAAUCCAUCUCUUUGUGUAUAUUGUGUUGAUAUUCGAGAUUUAUAGUGAUCAGGAAUUAGACAG